AUGGAUGCUUACCACACAAAUGUUGUUGAUUGUGAAACAUCAUCUAAAAAGAAUAAACCAAAAUUCUUGUGGAAUAAUGAUGCGUUUAUGGAGAUGGAUAGUGACUACUCUGAUUCAGAUGACAGUGAUGAAGAGUAUAUGGAUGAUGAGGUUAUAGGAUUUAAAAGGUUUGUGCAAGAAUCUUUUAAUCAUUUCGGGGAAACAAUUCAUAGACAUUUCUAUAGAGUUUUGGCAGCCGUGCUUAGGAUGAGUGCUGAUAUCAUCAAGCCAGCCGCAAACUAUAAUGAUGAUGUACCUGCACAUAUAUUAAACAACCCUCCGUAUUAUCCAAUGUUCAAGAACUGCAUUGGUGCUAUAGACGGGACACAUGUGAGGGCAUCGGCUCAAUUGAACGAACAAUCGAAGUCGCUAGAUGCUUAUGAAGCAUGCACGAGGAGGAGGUCGUUGUGGGAUGAGGAUGAUGUGGAUUAUAAAUAUUAUGUUGUUGAUGUCGGAUACCCAAAUACUAGAGGGUAUCUUGCUCCAUACAAAGCGUCGAUGGCGAUCCAUAACUAUAUUAGAAAAGUCGAUGGGUUUGAUAAAGCAUUUGAUAGGGCACAACAAGAAUCAUACAGUCCUAGAGGAGGUGGUACUAGCGAUGAAGUUCGCGAAGAAGUUCAGUCUACACGUCGUACAAAUGAUGAUGAUAUGUAUAUGGCUGAUGCGUAUCGAGUGUGA